CAUUGCCUCAGUCGUUUAGUAACUGUUGCAUCGUACGUUGUCAUAUUUUUACAACACUCGCGCUCAUUUAUUCAUUUAUUCGUUCGUUCGUUUUUCCUCUGUACGUUCUUCGUGUAUUCGAAAUCUUACAGAUACAAAUAAAACAUAAAUUUGUGUGUGUUCUAUAGUGACAACCACAACAAUUUCUCCGCAUAUUUUAUCAUACAAAUAAAUAAAAAAAAAUAUUUCAAGUUGGUUUUUAGAUAUUUUCUGUGGUAAACAAAAAUUAAACAGCAAACUAGAAAAAAAUAUAUAUUUCUGAUAAGAUAAAUAAGUAGUAGCAGAGAAAAAAGAUAAUCUUACAAUAUUCAAUAAAAUAAAAAUUCUACGAAUUUAAAAAAAAAAAAAAAACCUAAACGUGUUGCGCGCCAAUUUAGAAAAAAGUAAACAUUUAUACGCUAUACAGUAAAUAUUUUAAACGUGUUUUAUAAAAUCAUAAUAAUAAAAAAAUAUUUAUGAAUUAAUUCUAAAAUAUACAAAAAAUUCUUUGUAAAAAGUUAUUUUAUAAAAAGUAGCUUAAAGUUUAAAACAAAAUACAUUUGUGCCAAUUGUAUUUUUAAAAAGCUUUUCAAUUAAUUGCAAAAAAAUAUUGAAAAAAUAAUACAUAAAUAAAUUAGCAACUUUAAUUUCAACACAAUGUUUCAACAAUUAUUAAACAAAAUGGGUCUCCAGCAGCAAAAAUUCUAUAUAAUUAUGUGUAUUUUAGCCAUUUUAACAGAUUCACUGGCACGUGCACAAGUCACUGUUGAACCCAAUACAGCUGUAUUAAACGAAGGCGAUCCCACAGAAUUGUUGUGUCGUUAUGCACAUCAUACAAUAACAUAUUGUCGAAUUGAAAUACCUGGUGAAUCGAAAAUAUUUAAUUUAUCUCCUGAAUGGAAUAAAACUCCUGGGUUUACGUACUUUGGUAAAGGUUUGCAAGCUGGCGAGUGUGGUGUUAGCAUACAACGUGUCAAGGCUCUAAAUAAUGGUCAGGUCAAGUGUAAUCUAGGCGUUGAGGGUGAAGAAUUAUCGGGCACAAUUGAUUUGGUGGUAGCAUUACGUCCCAAACAACCUUUGGUUGAAUUGAUUACCAAACCCGACCGUGAAGGUUAUUUCAAUGCUCACAGCAAUUUCCAGGCUCGUUGCAUUGUACCCGAAGGUCGUCCAGCUGCUAAUAUUACUUGGUUGAUUGAUAACCAGCCUGCUGAUAAGCGCGUUGGUCCCUUAGAUGUUACUUCUAAUAAUCCUAAUGGUUUGGAAUUAUCCACCACUAUCCAAGAGAUUCAAUGGACUUUGACUCCCGAAGAUAAUGGCCGUAAAUUGGUUUGCCGUUCUCAUCAUCAAACAGAUCGUGAAAAUUUACCACCUCAAGAGGGUUCAUUCAAUUUGUUAGUGCGUUAUUCUCCCAUCCAACAGGAAGAAACACUCGUCUACGGCCUCUACCUAGACCAAACCGUUACCGUUAAUCUGACCAUUCGCUCAAAUCCCGCACCCAUUGUCGAAUGGACUAUUGAUGGUAAUGUGAUACGUCAAGGUGAACAAGAUGGUCGUUUCUCGGUAUUUGAACCAGUCUACUUGGGACAAGACAUGUACAAUGUAACAUUAAUAAUUGCCGGUUUAACCUUGGAAGAUACAACGAAAACAUACAAUUUAAGAGCAUCGAACGCAUUGGGCUACGCAGACUAUACCGUACGUAUUAGUUCAUCUGCCACACCACCAGCAAGUGGUUUAGAAAUUGGUGCUAUUGUUGGUAUUGUUGUUGCGGUGGCAAUACUUGUCUUAAUCGUACUUUUGGUAUUGUUUGCACGUGCCACUGGUAGAUGGUGUUUUGGAGGAAAAUCGGUUAAAAUGUCAACCAAUGAAACUGGUGACAACCAACAACAUGGUCAAAGUGUGGCACUGUUGGAAACUCCUAAUGGUGUCACCAUCAUUGGCAAUAAACCAUCUAAUGGCAAUGCUACGUUAACUAACUACAAUCAUGAUCAUGAACAAAACGAAGUGGAAAGACGCAAUUUGCGCAAUAGCGAAAAUGAAGAUGACUCAUUUGAAUAUGGAACAGAUCGUGAGAGUAGUGUUUACAAUCCCACCACCAUGCCAUUACGUUCCGUAAUGGCUCAGGCCGGUGGACGUAAUUCUCAGAAAAAUACCGAUGCCGAAAAUGCUCACGAUCAAUCGGAUCUCUUGACUAAAGGCAAUCAAUUAGGCAUACCCGAAUCACGUUUCUCACGUUGGAUACCCAAAGAUCAACGUGAAAUCUUAGAGAAACAAGCUAAAAUAAUGGCUGAACGUAUGAAACCAAAAACACCAGAACCUAAACGUAUUGCUGAAACGCCUGAAGAAACGACAACACCGAAAACACAAUCACCAACGAUAUCGAGAAUUAAUGCUAAUCAAACACCAGCAUCAACAACGGCGGGGCAAAUGAAACAAAAUAAUGUACCAACGGAAACGGAAAUCUAGUAAAGUAUUAAUGUUAUAUGUAAUGAAAUUAUUUAAAAAUUAUGUAAGUUAAAUGAUUAACAGUACUUGUUGUAAUUUAAAUAGUAUUGUGAAUGAAAUAUAAAAAAUUGCAAAUUUAUCAUAGGUAUAUAAGGUAAAAAACUAAAUAAAAAGCACACAAUUGAAAAUGGAUGAAAUUUUUUAGUAAUUUUAUGGAAUUAAUAAAGGAGAAUAAGUUGAGCUAAAAGUUUUACACGCCAUAAACUGGUAAUUUUUUUAUUCCAAAAGACUACAGUUUCAUGAUACAAUUACAAAUUGUCGGCCUCAUUCAUAGUGAAAAACAUACUGCUAUAUAACCUUUUAACUUUUUUAAGUGCAAAUAUUCCUAAAUUAAAGACCCCCAGCUUCUUAGCAGUUCUUGUUGAGGAUAUUUUUUAGUAUAGCGAUCAUUUACUACAAGACUGGCAUAACCCAAAAUUUAUUAUAUUCCCUUGAUAUACGAAUAUAAAAUCCCUUUUUAUAUAGUUUUAUGUUUCAAAUCCGAUAAUUUGUUUAAAAUGCAGCGUAAUGUUAAAAAUACAAUUUUCUUCUUAUUUUUAAUUUUGAAACAAGUUAAGUCCAUGAAAUCUUUAACGUCACCAACAGACUGACAGAUUGUAGAACGGACGGACAUUUGAAAUAACAAAGUUUAUAUAGAAUUAUUAGGUCUAUACCAUUUAAACAGGAAUAUUUAAGUAAAUUUGGUAUUUCCCUACAUUUUCUCUCUUGGGACCUAUCCUACCUUUAAUAAACCAAUUGUUUUUGGACAAACGAAUCAACAGAUGAUAUAAAUGACAGACAUUUAUAAUGAUCCAGUUUAUAUAUUGGUAUUUUAUACAAAAUAUUUCUAGCCUACAUCUUCUCUUUAUAACAAUUAAUAAAUAAAUUUAAUAAAUAAAAAAGUACAAAAACAUUAACUCUUACAGACUACAACUUUAUUAGCACUAUGAUGGCAAAUUUUCAUGUUCAUUGACUUCAUACUUUGGAAAUCCCAUUUAACAUUAAAAGGGUACUAAAAGGUCUUGUAUUAACAGCCAAGAGCCAUUGUUUUACCAUUCGCGCCAAGUUAACGACGUGGUUACUUUCGUAUGAUCAAAAGACAGACGGACGGACACUUAUAAUGAUACAGUAAAUAUACACAUUUAUGGGAUCAUUCUUCGAUAUAUUGAUGUGUAGAUAGAAUAAUAAUAUUAAUAUUUGUUUCUUCAAAUAAGAAUUUCUCAACACCUCUCAACACUUUCUCUUGCCAAGACUAGGAUACUUAUACCUUUAAAAGUAUCUCGUUUCCAGGCUUGGAUGCACGGAAAUUUUCCAAUUAAAAUUACAUGUAAAUAUAAUUCAUGUUUUAGCUAUUACAUAUUAUUGUAAUUUAAAUAAACAAAUUUUUGCAAAUUAAAAGAACAAAUAAUUGUAAUUGAAUUUUAGCCAAUUACAUACAAUUCAAGUUUAUUCUAUUACAAUUACAUGUAAUUUGUAAAUAUUAAUACCUAAAUUACAAGUAAUUAUCAAAACAUCAAUUAUAUGUAAUGUGUAACUGACAAUGUAAUUAAUUACCCCCAAGCAUGCUCCUUUCAUGCAUAUUAUCAUAUUUUUAAU